AUCAAAAUCUCAUUCAUCAAAAACUCAUUUGUCUUUAUCAUGCCUGUUGAUCAAGGUCGUCGCAUGAAUACCCUGAGAGGCAAAAUGUCGAAGUGGACCCUCCUUAUGCUGCUUGGUCUGACAUUAACAUGCUUUUCUAUACUACUACUAAAUGUGCUUGUUUUCUUGAGGCAAGGAGGAUAUGCGAAUGAAGAGUACAGCAGCAGCCACACCAAUGAAGAUUUUUCAGAAGCUGCUACCAGCUUGUCAGCAUUUGGUGUUAUUAUGGAAAAAAUGGACAAAAAUGCGGCAUUGCAACAGUACGACCAGAAGAGCUUGACUUGUGAACUUCGUGCAUACGAUCCCACUUGGUAUUACAACAUGAACACAACCAACCCUCCUUCCUUUUUGAGAGACACAAAAUAUUUAUUUGGAAAAUGGCCCAUCAUGUUGUCGCACUCUGCCGAAUAUGAACACGCUAAAAUUUGUAUUGAUAGAAUUGAUUGGCCACCAGAGGCAGAUCAACCUAAAGAUAAUCAGCACUCCGAUGGAACCAACCCAAGUGUCUUGUCCAUUGCAAGGCUCAAAGAGGGAGCACCCCUUGUAGCGGCAAAUAUCUUACACCAUCAUCCAAAUACAACCUUCCUUGCUGCUGUCACUAACAAGAUGUUUCCGCAGUGUGUCUAUAACAGGACUCCUCGGCUCUCUGGUUAUGACAACCAACAUACACUCCUCCUUUUGCUUGAUGAGCAAAUGAAAACAGUAGCUCAGACCACCCUCCACGUACUGGUUGAUCGUGCAUGGGGUCUGAACGAGCCCAGCACGGGAUCCAAUCCACCACUGGAACAGAUCAUUACCAUUCUUGAUGCCCCCAGACUCUUUGUCUAUCAAAGACAGGUGCAAGUCAGCUUCAUUAGUCGUGAUUGGGGAUGGACUGAUCAGUACUACACUUCUGUUCAUAUUGACUUUGUUCACCCUCAUCAUUUUCAUCAAAAUGGAGACAGCCGACAGAGCAAGUUUUGGGCCACUCUUUGGGCUUCAGAGGUUGUCACAUUGGGAAAGGGGCAAAACCAGGCCAUAUUGUAUGAUCCAGAUGUUUCCUACAGUUCAGAACAAGCCAAGAGAGAGCCCUCACCUAGCAUGUUUUCCGUAUCCCAGGUAGACCCAGUCACGGUCUCCUCUAUUGGUGACACCCGUCCCCUUGAACAUAAAAAACAAAGGCGAAGAGGUCUCAGGGAAAACAACAAGGAGGGGAAAGGUUUAACAGCAUUCAGCACAGUGCAUACCUGGGAAACCACAAAAGCACAUGGAACUAAUGGCAUGAUGAUCCGUUUGCCUUCAACCCAGAAGGGACAACCCGCAGACUACCUGGGCGUGGCACAUUUUCAUCGUCCGGAAAACACCGGUGCCAACACCUAUGCUCAAUUUGGUCAUCACUAUACGCAUUUCUUCUACACCAUACGACGUAAAUCCAUGAGCAGUACUGACUUUCAAUUGACAGCAAUGUCAGCUGAGUUUGUUUUGCCGUCGAUUGACAGCAGUGGCAAGGAUCCAAAGGAAGAAGGAUGGGCAAUGGAUGCCCAUAUCAUUCAAUUCAUUUCAGGGAUCGAAUUCCUUGCAGACACCAACGAAUUGGUCAUCGCCUAUGGAAUCAAUAACUGUGAAGCUGCUGUCACUGCCAUGCCUUUGCAACAUGUGCGAGACAUGUUGGUUCCAGUGGCGACUGGCCAGGAAAUUGGAGACUUUAUGCAGCCACUUUUGUACUUCCCAAAUGGGCCAAACAUCAACUAUUCAGUGAAUCACAAUCCAAAAGGGGUACCACAAGAUCACCUGGAGGGUGACAAUGCCAUUCUGCCUUCAGAGCCUACGGAGGAGAGGAUUAUGGGUGACUUUACAGAACACUUACGUCGGGGUGGACUAGUGGCUUCCAAUCAUGUUUGGAAUGAUAUCCUUACAAACUGUACCAAGGUUGUUCGCUAUGAAGGGACCAAUGGGACCACACAAUUGGCUCAGCAGAUCUUUGAUGGGGAAGUGUGUCAAAAAAUGGUGGGAAGCACACAUGUGGAACAAGCUGUACAAGAAACAACCUUUUCUGAUCCAUCAUGCAAUAUCUUUGUUAACAUUACAUUUGAUUGCAUGGAUCUGUUUGAAAACAGUGAAUUUGGAACUGGCAAUUUUGUUUUCUUGUUCUACGCACUCCGCUUAGCCGCGCGGACCAUGGGUAAUGCUGAUGUCUUGAUUCAAUGCAACGAUGCCCUCGAUGUGGCCAAGGAUUUGAUUCUACCAUGGGUGAUGGGAUUUUUUCCUCGUACCCUACAUGCAUUACCUCUGAGUUUGCGCAGACCACCCAGGCUUGAGAAAACAUGUGGGCAUUACACGAAGCUCCCUGUUGGUCACAUGGCUGCUGAAAUGCGAUACCAUUUCCGCAAAAUGGCCAUUGCCUUGGUUGGUAUCCCUUACCCUGGUCACCCGGCCGAAGCUUGGGCAAAGAAGUACCUGUGGGGAAAUAAUCAUAUCUAUAUGGGACAAAACAGUGUCAUGCAAAUGGCCAACCCACAGCAAGAAGACAAUCCACUUCAUUCAAAUGUGGAGUUAGAUGAUGCUGUCUUGCACUUUCGCUGUGGUGACUACAUGACAACAGACAGCCAAUCUGUAGGCUUCAUGAAGUUUGAAAGCUUUUCACGACACUUGGAUGCCAAUGUUAAGUCAAUUGGUAUUGCAACUAACCCAUUCGGGUCAACCUCACAGUCAAGAAACCUUGAUAAUGACUCUGUGGCAGUCACCCGGUGCAAGAAGGUUGUUUUUGGGUUUGUGGAUCACCUAAAAUCCAAAUUCCCCAAUGCUCAGAUUACAAUCCGUAACGGUGCCAAUGAUUCGAUGGCUUUGACCUUGGCUAGAAUGGUCAUGGCCAAGCAGCUGGUUGUUGGGAUAACAACAUUUUCCCUGUUCCCAGCAGUUGCCAGCUUUGGGCACAGCUACAUUAAAAAGCCAGACCAUGAAUUUGCGGCCAACACCUGGAUGAUGGGAGAUGAAGAAACGCCUCCGGUGGAGGAAAUUUUCCCAAAUGUACACAUAGUUGAGGAACCCAACAUUUUGACUUCUGCGGUCAAAACAUUAUGGGGACAGGAUGAUGGAGACACUGUGUUGAAAUGGUUCCAACAAUAUAACAUGGACGUUCCCCUCGCAGAAAAAUAUUAGUGUUUUAAUCGAUGGAUAUUUGAAUGUUUGCGACAGCCAUGAAGUGGCUUUGAAAAGGUGCGGGCAAUGAUGAAUUGUUGAAUCAAUUUAGUUUAUAUUCACAGUAUGCCCUACAUAGUCCACCUCCAUCAAGUACCUCUUGGUUGCGGAGCAGAAGCAAAAAAAUUGAAGCUUGACGAGAGUAUCAACUGUUUCACGUUCCAAACAAUCACACAAACUGGUCUCAUAAAUUUCCUCUAUAAUUUUAAAUUAAACUAACAGCUGUGAAGUGGCUUUAAAAAAUCGUGGGCAAUGAUGGAUUGCCUGAGCACAUUGGGUUCAGAGCUGCUUGGAUUCCGUCACUAACAAAUAACACGGAGGCACAUCGGCCAGGCUCACUCCGGUUUUUAUAUAGCUAAAUAAAUAUCAUUAAGACAUCAACUUCAACCGUCC